UGUAAAACGAGGGCGGGACCAUUGUACAUCAUGGCGGGACACAUGAAAAAGACAAGCAGGGUCCUAGCAUCAAGUGCACACUUGUUCGUUUUCGUGAUAUUGGUAUUUUCGCUUCCCCCGAAUCUGUGCCAAGACGCAAAUACCAAGCCGCGUAUAAUCAGUAUCCAGAAUGGGAAAGAACUGGUUAAGUCGGGGACUAACCACUUCUGCUACACCAAUCAAAGGGUGCCUGACUGGAGGCAAACAUGGACAAGCAUUCAAGUCCGUGUCUGGAGUUCACAACAACUCAAGGUGACAGUGGCUGAGGAUGAGGAGACGCUGCAGGAAAUGGACGGUCUUAAUUUCUGGGGCCUCGUACAGCGCUUCAUCAGCGAGCAGUCCAACGACACCACGCUUGCAAUCAGUCUGUUCAGCAAGAAGACGUGUUUCAAAAUUGCCCCCUCAGAUGAGGCUUCUUCCUACACCGUGAAAGCAAUCUGCAGAUUUGACAUCUAUCUGUUCCUUGUGUUCCUCGCUGGACUGUUACUGUUCUUCUUUGCAGACUCACUGAGCAGGAGUCAGAUAUUCUACUACUCGGCGGGCAUGAGCACAGGCAUGAUCGCGUCCCUCGCCAUUGUCAUCUUUAUAUUGGCUCGGAUUUUGCCAAGGAAAAGUCCUUUCUAUGUGCUGUUGGUUGGUGGCUGGUCCUUCUCAGUCUACGCGAUCCAGCUUGUCUUCAGGAACCUCAAGCCAAUUCUACAAGAACACUGGCACCUGGCUUUUGGCUACAUGGCAGUCGUAGGAUUCAUCAGCUUUGCUGUGUGCUACCGCCACGGCCCCCUAGUGGAGGAGCGGAGCAUUAACAUCCUCACCUGGACACUGCAGCUGUUUGGACUGCUGCUUGUAUAUGCUGGGAUUCAGAUUCAGCAGGUGGCGCUGGCCAUCAUCGUGUCAGCCUUCUGCGCCAAGAACAUGGAGUACCCAGUGGUGUUCGCACUGGCUGCGUGGCGGAAACUAGGACUUUCCCACCGCAUCCGCUGGAAGCGUGAGCCCCGCCGGCUGCUGACUGAGGAGCAGUACCAGAGGCAGGGGGAGGAGGAGACGCAGAAGGCCCUGGAGGAGCUGCGGAGGUACUGCGCCAGUCCGGAGUGCAGCACCUGGAAGGCUGUGUCCAGGAUCCAGUCCCCCAAAAGAUUUGCAGAUUUUGUAGAGGGCUUGUCCCACCUGAGACCAAAUGAGGUGGCUGUCCAUGCACAGGAAUAUGGGUUUGGAGGAUCUUUCCUGGAGGAUGAGUUAUUUGACAGUGAUGAAGAGGAGGAAGAUCCAGACGGGAGAACUUUUUCGAGAAGACUUUGACAAUGGAAAAGUAUUGCACUGUAAAAUACGGAAAGAAGGCUCCGCUUGGUCUUGUGAAUGUGGUCGGAAGACAACAGGAGUUCACUGUGUAGCACACUGACCUGGUACUGUGGUCCAGGGGGCGCUGUCGCAGGAAGAGAACAGGCCCUCUCGCGUUCCAGUGGACCAACGAUGAAUCAAGCAUCUUUUUUCUUUUAAAGUGCUACACAAUAUAUGCAGAGCAAAUUGUGUUCAAGAGUCGCAUCAGGCCUUCAUUUUUUUUUUUUUUGGCAAAUCUCUGGGUAACUUGUUUUAGUAAUUUGAGAAUGUAGCCAACUCUUGCGUCCGCCGACCUUAUGAGUUUGUAUCAGAAUGUUUGUGAUUAAGUAUUUGGUUGACUUCUUUAAAGGGUUACUGAAAUGUGUGCAUGGUUUAAUUCUUGUUUACAGCGUCUAGGUUUAUGCAUUGUUAAAUGCUCUUUGCAUUUACAUGUUACAUGUUUGAGGGAAUGUUUUUUUUGGAAAUUAUUGACUGGUGUUUGGAUUUGUGGUCCAUAAAAUGUAUUUUUUUAUUCUGUUACGGCAAAUAAUUAAAAUUUAAAAUGAACCAAA